AUGGAUGUUUCCGGGUGCGAGUCCCUUCAGAAAGUGAAAGCAAAGGAACCAAAAAGGAUUGGUCAUGAAAACGGCAUGGUUUUGGUGAAGAAAGAAGAAGAAGAAGAUGAUGAUGAAGAUGAUGAGGAGUGGGUUCCACAACCGUUCGUGAAGAAGAUAUUGAAAAUGGUGGAAGAUGAGAGCUUGGACCCAAUUGUGUCGUGGGGUGAAGGGCGUUGCAGUUUCGUGGUGUGGGAUUCUGCUAAGUUCAGCAAAACCAUUCUUCCACACUACUUCAAGCACAGUAACUUCUCCAGCUUCCUUCGCCAACUCAACAACUAUGGGUUUAAGAAGGUUAAUCCAAGGCGUUGGGAGUUUGCACGCGAAGGUUUUGAAGCAGGAAAAAGGCAUUUACUGAAAAGUAUCGUGAGAAGAGGAAGAAAGAAACGACUUCAAGGUGAAGUUGAGGAGCUGAAGAAGGAGAAGAACAAGUUAGCACUGGAGAUUCUGAAGCUCACACAGCGGCUUAAGAAUUCACAGGUUCAACUUAACAGUGUUGAGGAACGGCUUCGGUAUGUUGAGUUGAAGCAGUAUCAGACGUUGGAUUUUCUGACCAGAAUGGUUCAAGUGCCUGGUUUUGUCGAGCGAUUGGUUCACAAGGUGCAGCAGAAAGAUGGAGCAGACAUGGUGAAGAGAUGCAGAUUUUUGGGACCUCAGUACCAUAAGGGCACAAACAAUAGCUCAAACUUUGGUUAUUAUAGACAGGAAGGUUGUGAACAACAUGGUAUCUUGUCGGAGACUACGAACACAGGACAUGGUUAUGAUACUGUGUUAGAAGAAUUACUGAGUGAGAGUUUUGAUGAGGAUGUAAAUGUAAAUGUGAAUGAGUCGAGUAUAUAUCUUGAGUUGGAGAGUUUGGUUGGAUCCACAAGUGAUUGA